GUGCUGCAUGACAGGAUGAGGCUUUCUGACUUGUCUCUAAUGCCUCACCCUGUUUUGUACCUUUCCAGUGCAGCCCAGAUUGAGCUGUUACAGCUGCUGGUUCAGAUUGCUUCUGAAAACAAUCUUGGGGAGGGUGUCAUUGUCAAGAUCAAGUUCAAUAUCAUUGCAUCUCUCUAUGACUACAACCCCAAUCUGGCCACAUACAUGAAGCCCGAGAUGUGGCAGAAGUGCCUGGACUGCAUCAAUGAGCUGAUGGACAUCCUGUUUGCAAACCCCAACAUCUUUGUUGGAGAGAACAUUCUGGAAGAGAGCGAGAAUCUGCAUAAUGUUGACCAGCCGCUGCGUGUCCGUGGCUGUAUCCUAACUCUGGUGGAACGGAUGGAUGAAGAAUUUACCAAAAUAAUGCAAAAUACUGAUCCUCACUCCCAAGAGUACGUGGAGCACUUGAAGGAUGAGGCGCAGGUGUGUGCCAUCAUCGAUCGCGUGCAGCGCUACCUGGAAGAGAAGGGCACCACUGAGGAGAUUUGUCGCAUCUACUUGAGGCGCAUUCUCCACACCUACUACAAGUUUGAUUACAAGGCCCAUCAGCGGCAGCUUACCCUCCCCGAGGGCUCCUCAAAGGUGUGUGCUUGGCCAAGUGUCACAGGGAAAGGAAUGUGUCACUCUGUUCUCCAUGUCUGUCAGGACUUGAUAGCAAGUCUCCCAUUCCCUGGGGACUUCCUGAGGUGGAACAAGGAGGGAAACGGGGGACUAGGGUGAGGCUGGGUGGAGUCU